AUGACGGUGGGACCUACACUUGGGACAGGUGUGUUCGUUGGGACAGGCCAAGCACUUGCGGUUGGCGGUCCUGCAUCGCUCGUCUUCUCUUAUGUAUUCAUAUCGGCAUUGGUAUAUUGUGUGACAACUGCAAUCGCCGAGAUCUCAACCCACUCCCUCACUCGCAAUGGGGCAAUGAUCACACACACCUAUCAUUAUACUUCGACCCCCAUAGGAUUCUCGAUAUCCUAUCUUCGAUGGAUCGCCCUCGCGAUGUUAGUUCCCUUUGAAGUCACCACGGCGAUGGUCAACCUUGCACUGUGGGAACCUAGCUCCAGUCUUGCGUUACGCAUGGGUGCUGUCAUCGCUGUGAUAUUCUUCUUCAAUAUGCUGCCCGACAAAAUCUUUAGAAGAUCGCAAGCUUUCUUUACAGGUAUAAAAUUCGUAACGACGAUCGGACUCAUCAUUGUCUCGUUUUACCUCGCAAUUCGCGCCAGUCAGCCCGAUGCCAAAGUGGGAGGAUUUGAAUAUUGGAACCAACCCGGCCCCUUUAAUGAAUUCCAGCUUAGAGGCGACCUGGGGCGCUUCCUUGGUCUGCUAUAUUGUAUCCUCUGCAGUACGAUAGCUUUCGCCUUCAUCCCGGAGCUGACCGUGCAAGGAGCCGAACAACGCGAUUCAGAACCUGGAAAUAGCAUCUUCAGAUCCACCAGAAACAGCAAUCUUGUUAUGUUCGCACUCUACAUAGUGGGUGCGUUGGCCACUACUGUGAUGAGUUCUCAUGAUAAUAAGUCGCUCACAAAUAGCGGUACUGGUGCUGGACUCUCUCCUUACGUCGUCGGCGUCAAUGACUCGGGAAUUCAUCUGCUACCAGCGGUUGCGACAGGCUUGAUUUUCCUAUCAUCCGUGGCGUCCGGACGCUCUUUUCUUCAUCUAUCUUCGCGCAUGCUGUCUUCGAUGGCAGAGACCGGCCAUGCUCCAGCAAUAUUUAUGUUUCGCAAUCGAUGGAAUGUCCCUUACAUGUCGGUGGGCAUCACGACGGGGUUCACAUGGCUGGCGUAUUUGUGCAUGGUCACUUCGAGUUCGGCCGUGUACAACUACCUUAUGUUUUUCAUCACUACUUCGGCUUAUCUUUCCUGGAUAUGUUCGUGCAUCUCUUAUAUCCAAUUCCAACGAGUGAUCCACAAAGCGGCAAUCCUGCCUUUGCAUCAAUCUUUCGUCCAGCCCUUUGGAGCAUGGUUUGGUUUGGUUACUAGCGUUAUACUGAUUCUGCUCAAUCUCGGGCAAAUUACUGUUGCCUCCCGCAGCCAGUUCAAUCCUCGGAAUGCGAUCCCUGGCUUUAUUGCCGUCGGCCUGUUUGGCCUCAUGUAUGGUGGGCAUCGGCUCGUAACUGCAAUCCGAAAGAAGUCUGCCCAGUUAGAUACACCUGCAGUCGAAGUUCGAGGUGGAUUAGACGGGGACCAAUCUAGAGGCGCAGCCAUCGAAAUGCGGACAAGGGGGCGCGAGGAUGAAGAAACAACUGCACCUACACCUACAUCACACCGUGCAAUGCCUUGA